AUGGCAACCACUGUGUCCGAGAAAGCGUCACUUCUUGGUCCCUACCAGCCAACACUCAUCCUCCAUGGCGGAGCAGGCUCUAUCUCACGCGCCACUCUCCCUCCCGAACUCUGGUCGCGCUACCAGGCCUCUUUGCUGAAGUAUUUGACUUUGACCCGCGAGUUACUUGAUUCCGGAGCUUCCGCUCUCGAUGCCGCAUGUUAUGCCGUGACCCUAUUCGAAGAUGACCCCUUGUUCAACUGCGGCCGCGGUGCCGUCUUCACGGAACAGGGGACGAUUGAGCUGGAAGCAAGCUUGAUGGUCUGCUCCAUUGAUCCCGCCGGUCCGCCUGCUGGCGGCAUCAAGCGUAGUGCAGCCGUGAGCCUUGUGCAGAACACACGACACCCUAUCCUCCUGGCCAAGGAGGUUUUGGUAGCAGCAGACGAUGACGGCGGCCUAGGCCAGAUCAAUACCAUGCACUGCCAUCUGAGUGGGAGGCGGCUUGAGGAAUGGGGUUGGAAUGAGAAGGGUCUGGAGAAACAACCUGACCAGUGGUUUUGGACCAAGGAGCGUUGGGAAGAGCAUAGGAGAGGCUUGCAAAAGCCCGACUCUUACACUUUCGAGGAUCUGCUUGCUUCCGAAGGUUCAUCUUCGAUUUCUUUCCGCCAGCGUGAGCGUGAGCAUGAGGAAGAGACCGUGGGCAUAGCCGAUAUCCCAAGCCAGGGCACGGUGGGGGCGGUCUGUCUCGACUCGUGGGGAAACCUGGCUGUUGCGACCUCGACGGGAGGCUUGACGAACAAGAAAGCUGGACGCAUUGGAGAUACACCAACAGUCGGAGCAGGUUUUUGGGCCGAAGGCUGGGAAGAAGCCAUCUCUCCACCGACUCGGCACGGCCACGACCUGAUGCCCAGGAUAUCUUUUCACACCCAAACCAGGUCUGUCUUUAACCAGACAUGGGCACAAUUAGGCCAUUGGGUUGGACCAUGUCUUGAUGCCUUCGACCAGUCUCGGGAUUACCAACCACUGAACGGCGACCCUCCAGCAUACACGCCUAUGCCGACCUCACCAUCCCAGCCCUAUCGCUCUCCGUCGUCCCUUGUAUGCCCAUCUGCUCACAGAAGUCAAAGACGCCGCCGCGCAGUCGCCAUGUCAGGGACCGGCAACGGCGACUCCUUCCUCCGUACAAACGCCGUGCGCACUGCCGCGGCAAUGUGUCGGUUCUCCGCCGCCACUUCUCUUUCGGAGGCGGUCACUGCAGUUGCAGGGCCCGGUGGCGAGUUGCAGUCCUCCGCUGGUAAUCGAUGGGACCGUACAUUCGAAGGUCAGGGCGGAAUCAUUGGGAUCGAGCUAGUCAGCGAUGACCUUGAUGCAGACGAUGACCCGUCCAUGUAUGGUGCGAGUCCGGAAAGUCGCAAUGGCAGGCACCGAACCGACUGCAAGACAAGACGGAAAAAGAGGAGAGGCAAGGUGGUAUUUGAUUUCAAUUGUGGUGGGCUGUUCCGAGCCUUUUUUGAGGUUGAUGAACAGGGACAAAGAGAGAAGCCUCGGGCGAUGGUCUUUAAAGAGGAAUACUGA